AACUCUCUUUACUGUUUCAGUUUUUUUUCCUUUAUUGAAAGGGCUCCCCAUCUUCCCAAUCCCUCGCUAGGCAAGAGAACUGAAGAAGGACUCCAAAACUGUAAAAAAACAAAAAAGAAUUAGGAGGGUUGUCCCAUUUCUUUCUGUCGCCCCCUCCACUGCCAAACCAUUCUCCAUACUCUUCCCUAUCCAAUCACAUCACUCCCAAUUUUUCUUCCAAUCAACAAUCAUCUAUCCAUCUCUCAACUCUGCACCAUCAGUCCAUCAGUUCUACCUUUCCUUCUCCCAUGCCUCCUUGGUCCUUUUUACUUCCAUUCAUACGUCUCCUCUUCCCAUGAAAAGUCCGAAACAAAGCAACCCCUCUUAUCCCUUUCUUAAUUAUUCCCUAAAAAUUCAGCGGCCACCUGCAAUUCUCGCUUCCUUUUUUUCUCCGCUUUGAGAUGUUGCGGAAGAGGAUGUGGCGAUGAUGUCGACAUCUGAUUGGGAAAAGCCGUGUCGGAAGCAAAACGGGAAGCUCUGGCUUUAAUGUUCUUUGUUAAUUGAUAGCCAAGGCGCCAUGAAACCUGUUGACCGAGGAAGCGCCUCUACUGGCCGUCAUUGCUCAAUCGCAACCGGAGUUGGUCGUCAGCUGCUUAGUUCAGCGAGGGGAGACAAAGACAGGUCUGUCGGGCAGAAAUUCGGUGGCCUGAACGACAACUACUCAGUCUCUUCCGCACACAUAUUCCCGACAGACGACAGUUUUCCUCUGAAGCGGAGCGAAUGGGAAAGCGCUGGAAACUUAGAGGAAAAGAGGGCGAAAAAUGGCAUCAACCAAGAUAAGGUGUUCUGCUGCAGUGCCUUGCAUUAAGGCAAUUCUCUGCUCACUUCAUAGAAAUUCUUGCUCUUAGUACGUGCUUCAUGUUAUAGUGUGCACAACAUUAAUCAAGUAAACUUCUAAUGUAUCCUCUCCCUUGGUUGUUCUUAUGUUCUUUGCCUUAAACUUAUGGCGAGAAUCCAUCAUAGGCACCACGGCAGACCGACUGCAAUGAGUUCCCUUUGAUGUCUCUCUUUAGGAGCUUCGUUUGUAACACCCCCUGCAGAAGUGAAAUCUAGACAACUCACUGACCAUGGUGGUUUAUGUUGGGAUUGAGAUCGUUUGAGACUAAGAUCCGCCAUCUCUAUUGUCCAUCAUUUUUUCCAGCACCUUCACUCUCAAACUCAGUUUAUGUUCGUUUUUACAGCAGUAGAUAGCUGAAACUGGUGUCUCGCAUGGCGGUUUAGGUUGGUGUUGAGUUCGUUUAGUUUAAGUAUAUUUGUUUCUUCGUUUUUUAUAGAUGGAGUCUUACUCUAAUUUAUUUGCUUUUUUCUUCAUAUAACUAUAUAAUCCAAUCUGGGUAUUACUUGCUUGGAUUCAUUAAUUCACUGAUUCUUUUGUCCACUAUCUUUUGGUCAGUAGUUUAUCUUCCACACUCAAUUGAAGGUAAGAGCAGCAGGCUUGGCGACAUGGUGGAUGUGAAAUGGUCUUAUGCUUUAGCAUAUCUUUGGCCAAUUUAUAAUCAGGUAGCCUAAGCUAGGUACUACUGGUAUAAUUGUUCCAACAAUUUUUUUAAUGGUUAUAAGGGUUUGUUUUCUUGGAUUUGUCUUAUUCGUUUGGUACAAUUGGGGUUUCUUUGGCCCCAGAAGAUCAAUGUCCUUUACCUCCCAUACAGAAAAGGUAGUGAUUCCCUUAAUAGUGGUGGACCGGAAUCUAGAGACCCAUGAACCAUAUGGGAAGAUCAAGUUGCACUUGCCAGAGAUUUGAGCCAUCCUAUGGUGAUGCAGGUCUCAAUCUUCUAAAAUGAUUUAACCAUCCUGCCGUUCAUUGUAAGGAAGGUCUGAGUUCGUUCCACAACAUCAAUCGCCAAUUUAGGUUUUGAACUAUUAGGAUGAAAGGAAGAAAUAUAUGAGGGAAGAUUGGACUAGAAAUUGAUUGGUUGUGGUCAUGUUUCUUCAAAGUUUUUGGAUUAUAGGAGUUGAAAGAGUUUUAGGGGACAUUGGGAGAUAAAAGGACAUGUAGUUUUUAUAUAGAGUUAUUCAAACUAAAACAUUUGAUAUGCGUGUCUGCCUGAUCUGAAACUGUAUUUGUCUUGCAAAAAUACCCAUCAUUCAAUCAAAUGGAACAACCUAUCAAAGAAUCACUUUUGAAGCAUUGUGAAAUCAUUAUCGAAGUGUAAGCAAAGUUACUUAGUCAUGAACUUCGUGGCAUUGAUUAUUUGGCUUGCAAGAGUUUGCUUUAGCUGCACAAUAGAACCAAAAUAACAGAGAUAUAUGUUUCUCACAGAAUCAAUGCACUUCCAUUUGAACUUGAGCUUACUUUCUAUAAUCACAUAAAAAUGUAAUGAAACACAUUCCUCCUACUAUGACAUUAUGAGAUUUGCAGAGAAACAACUUACUUUCCUAGGCUGAAAAUUGAACAGUAAUAAAGUCAUGCCUUGGAC